UGUUUUUUAUUCUUCGUUUGCUUUCAACGAGUGGUUGAAGCUGCUUUUUCCCCCAGAGAAAUACUAAAGGUUUUGAGUGUUCAUUUGCUUAGGAAGUUCUAUUGAUCCACAAGGCAUUUGUUCCGAUGGAGAUUGAUCCAUAGAUAGAGUUGCUUGAUAGAGCAUGAACUCUCCAUCAACCGAACUUACGAGAAGUAUGGCGAUAUAUGAGCAAUUCCACCACAUAGCCAGGUGGGGAGACGCCUUCGUCGUCGACAAUAGUCCGAAUACUGGAUCAUCGACAAUUAUGCCGGCAGAUGUCGGGCUAAAGAACAAGGCUGAAUAUAUAUCUUAUGAGCAAGUUGAACCUUCCAUAAGUGAUCAAGAGACAAACAAACCCACCGAUAAGAUACAGAGACGUCUGGCACAGAAUCGCGAAGCUGCUCGGAAAAGCCGCUUGCGGAAAAAGGCCUAUGUUCAACAACUAGAAUCGAGUCGUUUGAAACUAGCUCAAUUGGAGCAGGAGCUGGAAAGAACUAGGCAGCAGGGUCUAUGCAUAAGCGGUGCACCGGAUGCCGGUUGUUUUGGAUUGCCUGGAACUGUAAAAUCAGGGAUUACUGCAUUCGAGAUGGAGUACAUGCACUGGGUUGAAGAGCAAAAUAGGCAGAUUUGUGAACUUCGAACCGCACUCCAGGCUCACGUUUCGGAUAUAGAGCUUCGUAUACUGGUAGAAAGUGGCUUGAACCACUAUUGUAAUCUGUUCCGAAUGAAGGCAGACGCUGCAAAGGCGGAUGUCUUCUAUCUGAUCUCAGGCACUUGGAGAACUUCAGCCGAGCGUUUUUUCCACUGGAUCGGAGGAUUCCGCCCAUCGGAGAUUCUAAACGUUGUGGUGCCACAAAUUGAGCCAUUGACCGAUCAACAACAUUUGGAGGUUUGUAAUCUUCGACAAUCAUCUCAGCAAGCCGAAGAUGCUCUUUCCCGAGGAGUAGAUAAACUGCAGCAGAGUUUGGCCGAGGGCAUGGCGUCCGAUUUGUGCUCGGUAAACUACAGCGCUCAGAUGGUUGAUGCAAUAGAUAAGUUGGAAGCCCUAGAGAACUUUGUAAAUCAGGCAGACCACCUUCGCCAGCAGACAUUGCAACAGAUGGUUCGAAUCCUGACGACAAGUCAAGCAGCUCGAGGUUUUCUUGCCAUGGGGGAAUACUUUCAUCGUCUACGUGCUUUGAGUUCGCUUUGGGCUGCUCGUCCGCGAGAAUCCGGCUACUUUAGAUAACCAUCAAAAUAUGUGUAGGCUGUAUGCACCACAGGUUUGUUCCUCAACUGGUAAGGAAAUGGAUUUUUGGAGGUCUUGGUUUGUGGAGUAAGAACUACACGAUAUAUAUAUAUAUAUAUAUAUACUUUUAGCUGUUCAAAGGAACUUCUUGGGCAUAAAAUGUGUAAAUAUGAAUCUUUGAGCUGUAUAUCAAGAAGAAUUUUGGGUGAUUAAAU